AAACCGUCAACACGAUCAUGGCGCCGUCUCACAUGAUUAUACGAAUUUACACCGCCAGAUGUAGGUAUCCGAAGGCUCUAUUGAAGGCAAGAGACUGGGGAUGCAACUGUGCCCAUUAUAAUGGCUAGCGACAGAGAUACAAACGGGGAUCGAACAGCGCAGCAUAUUUCUUCUACUUGGGCAUCAAGGGUUAUACUUUGGAUGAGGCACAGCCGACCUAAACGGUCGCGCAAGGGUUAUUUCAGCCACCAACGACCCAAUUGAAGGGAAUUUAUUCUAUGUGGCUUGCUUAAAUUACUUCGGUUUUUCCGGCUUCCUCGCCCCACGGAAGAUCGUGGUUCAUCGAGGACUAAGAAGCGCUGCAAGCCAUGAAGAUCAUACAUUAUAAUCCUUGAAUCAGAGUUGUCCACUACCCUUGCAAAAUCAGACCGCCAAUUCCCUCCUCUUAGACGUCAAUCUCAGAUCUACAAUGUCUAUUCAUUGAGGCAGCGACAAGUAACCGAGAUCAAUUUCAUGAACUUUUUCCUUACCGUGGCAUUCGAACGCUUCUCUUACUGUGCAAUUUGGUGAACUGCAGAUGAUUACAAUCAAAGUCAAGUUCGAUCAGAUUGCGCACAGACAUGUAUGUGUCUAAAACAACCUCGAGGGAUCUAAGGAGUAUAAAUCAGUUUCAAACGCCAGCUCCCAAGUUUCAACUGUUCUUCUACGACUUCUAAACAAUGGAGACACUAGAAUGCAACCAUUCUGGAAGCAUGAUUAUGCUCACGUUCAUGUUCAUGCAUGAAUUCGUGGCCUGCCUUCCUCCACACUAGCAUACCCCUGGCUGGCCGCCCCCCACCACCAAGGGCUCUAUUUGCAUUGCGCAUGCUCCCGACCUACCGUCUAGCACCCAACCUAGUCAUUCCUUGUGGGGAUCAGUUCGAACAAUGCCCUUGUCUUUUAACAAGCUUCAUUAGCAAACUUGACGUAUUGUUCCGUUGGCGUUGGCUUUUUGCUCCUUUCCCUUUUCCAUCUCAUCUACCGCGAUUGGCCGCAUCCAAUGAUAUAUUUUUGCCAAUCAGGUUUAUGGCUAUUGGACCUUAGGCGAGCCACGCCUUCCCUCUACUCCGAAGGCCUGAAAUAGGAUCGUGGUCCUCCCGUCAGAAGUGGUCUCAAGAUAGUCUUUCCCGAACAAUCCAAGCCAUCACGCCUUGAAGAACAAUCUAGCCUGUUUCACGCCACCAUAUUACUCAUAUCUAUCAAAAGUGUUGCUUGUCUCUUUUCAAAUCUUCUUUUCCGACCAACAACUACUCUUUCGGAUUGUACAGGGACGACUCUUAUCAAAAAGUUCGAAUUGUCGGACCUCGCGUCAAAAUUUAAUGAUCUACAGAACCGAAAGCAACACAGAAACAAACCGUGCACCGCUUCUUCGCAGAUCAUCCGUCGACCUUGACGGUAUCAGGGACUUCGUCAUCACCGUGGAUAUCUCCCUUCUCCUCAAGGACCCGGACUCUAAUGAGUCCCCGACCGCAUCGCCACCCGACAGAAAUCAAACAAGAUCUGCAUCUGUUCAGUCAUCAAUCGCACAACAAGACCUACCAAUCUACGCUGCUGCCAUCUCUGGCUCAGGUGGGAAAAGAAGUAUGGGUGCCCAUCCAUCGGAGUCUCCUGCUAAGAAGCAGAGUAAAUGGUCGGCCGACGAAGAUGCUUUGAUCAUCGAUCUAAGGGGCAGUGGAAUGAAGUGGGAGGACAUCUCUAAGAGAUUACCAGGCCGCAGUGCUAUUAGUUGUCGGUUACAUUAUCAAAACUACCUGGAACGUAGGAGUGAAUGGGAUGAAGAACGAAAGAACAAGCUUGCUAGACUUUACGAAAGGUAUGACUUCUUCCAACAUUGAACUUGAGAAAGAAUGUUAUUAACAUGACUAUCUAGAUUCAAACAGGAGAUGUGGUCAAAAGUAGCCGAGGAAAUGGCAGUACCAUGGCGGGCAGCAGAAGCUAUGCACUGGCAACUUGGCGAAAAUGAUAUGGCAAGACGUGCAGGUGUUGUCCCGUUCUCAUUAUCCAGUGUAACUCUCGAUGCACCAUCAUCUGGUUCAAGAGCUUCGCCAGUGAGAGGGCAUUCCUACAGCCAAUCCACAUCCAGUACAAUGGGAUCAGGAUCUAGUGGCUCUAGAUACAGUCGACCUGGAACUGCACAAGGCAACCCAAAUCCCAGAGGAGGCACUCGCACAAUUGCCGCAAGAAGAGAAAGCACCCCCAGAUCCGUCCCACCUACAAGCCCAUCCGAUGGUCUAGCGUUAGCUGCCAUCGGAGGUGGAAUGAACAUGAUGGGAGCAGGAAGAGGUGGCCAGUACCUACCAAGUCUGGUGGAGAUGACCACGGGCGUCAGCCCGUAUAGCACACCUGCCUACGCGAUGUCGACGCCGGCGCACUCGAGUGGAUACUCGAGUGGCUACCCAAGUCCAGGACCACUUUUACCCGCGAUUGGAAUGAUGGGUCAUCGACCUGAAGUGAAGCGAAGAGGGAGUCCCGAGACUGGCUCGAGGGAUUCGUCGAGGAGGAGACAAUGAGCUUGACAAGGACAAUGUCAAUAUCAAUGAAAUUAUUCAAAUAGAACUUUAUGUGGAAUGAAGGAAACGUGUGCAAACGCGAUUGGCGUUUGGGAAAAAGUUAAUUUUCUUUUUAUUUAUUUUUGUUUUGGGUUUCUAUGGUAUGUUAUGGAUGGGGUGGUAUGGGACGGGAUGACCAUGGGUUGUGGUGAGCAUAUGUGGGUGGGCUUUGCAUAUUGGGAUGGCGCGGUGAUUUAAAAUGUGUGCGUGAGCUUCUCCCUGGCUUGGGCCGCGUAGGGUUUUGAUGGAUUGAAUUGGGUUAAGAUAAGAUAGGAUGGGUUAACGUAGCACGCAUUGCUUGCAGGCAUGCAUGGUGCUUGAACUAUAUCUUCUAGAUUGUAU